AUGGAUAUUCUUCAGUCCCUUCUCUUGAUGCUCUCUCUGCUCAUGACAAGCGAGGCCUCGCCGCUCCUGUUUGCCCGCAAGUUAUCGACGACAACGACGAAGAAAAAGACCAAAAUUUCUGGUGGCGUCAUUGCAGCUAUCAUUAUUCUUGUGGUGAUCAUCAUCAUCAUCACCAUCCUCGUGUUUAUCGUCAUGAAGAGGCGAAAUGCAAAGAAGAGUGCGACCGUCGUGGGAAAGCCCGAGGAGCAAGAAUUUCAGGCUUCUACGCAAAGCUCUUAUCCGCCUCCGCAGCAACAGGACUACGCUCCUACAGAACAGCCAUACUACCCACCGCAGCAGUCAUAUGCUUCGCCAGGUCUUGCUCCUCAAGGCGGAACCUACGGCCACAACCCUUCAUAUUAA